CCGACCCGCCCCGUCCCGCCCCCCCGCGGCGUGCGGCCACCGCCGCCGCCAAACUUUGGACGGGGCGCGCGGUGCCGCUGCCCGGGGAGGAGAGCGCUGCCCCGGGACAGCUCUGUUGCUUACACAAGGCUGCUGCAAGGAUGGGGCCACUGGAAACAGGAGGUGAAGAAAACCAGACAGAUGGAAUGAAAACGGAGCUGUUCACCAAGCUUUACUUGCCGAGAUACACCACGCUGCCCAAUGAAUUGGCUCUGGAUCCUAAGCCAGAACUGAAGGACAGCACAACGCUAGUUGAAGUGCAGAUAAUCCUCAUCUUUGCUUACUGCUCCAUCAUCCUGCUGGGGGUGAUCGGAAAUUCUCUCGUGAUCCAUGUGAUUAUCAAGUUCAAAAGCAUGCGUACAGUGACUAACUUCUUCAUUGCCAACCUGGCCGUGGCUGACCUGCUGGUGAAUACAUUGUGUCUGCCCUUCACUUUGGUUUACACGCUGUUGGGUGAAUGGAAAUUGGGCCCGGUCUUAUGCCACCUGGUUCCUUAUGCCCAGGCUCUUGCUGUGCAUGUGUCUACUGUUACUUUGACUGUGAUUGCUUUGGAUCGGCAUCGCUGCAUCGUCUACCACUUGGAAAGUAAAAUCUCUAAGCGUAUCAGCUUCCUGAUUAUAGGAGUUGCCUGGACAGUCAGUGCCUUGUUGGCGAGUCCUCUGGCCAUCUUCCGUGAGUACUCACUGAUUGAGAUCAUACCUGACUUCAAGAUUGUGGUCUGCUCUGAGAAGUGGCCAGGGGAAGGGCAGCUCAACUAUGGCACCAUCUACAGCAUCUCCAUGCUCCUGAUCCAGUACGUGCUGCCUCUGGCCAUCAUCUCCUAUGCCUACACCCGUAUAUGGACCAAGCUCAAGAACCAUGUUAGUCCUGGUGCAGGGAAUGACCACUAUCACCAGCGCCGGCAGAAAACCACCAAGAUGCUGGUGAGUGUGGUUGUGGUGUUCGCUGUCAGCUGGCUGCCGUUUCACACCUUCCAGCUAGUCAGUGACAUUGACAGUCAGGUGUUAGACUUGAAAGAGUACAAACUGAUCUACACAGUGUUUCAUGUCAUUGCCAUGUGCUCAACGUUUGCUAACCCCCUUCUCUAUGGCUGGAUGAAUAACAACUACAGGACGGCCUUCCUCACGGCAUUCCAGUGCGAGCAGCGUCUGGACUCCAUCCACCCUGAAGCACCAGCAGCUUUCAAAGCCAGGAAGAAACUAGAAGCAAAGAGGAUUCAAUUCCCCGGACACUCUUUCACACAACCUACCAAUGUCUAAGAUGUCUCACUUCAAAGAAGAAAAGAAUGUGUUGUGGACAAAGGGAUAAAUCCAUUUUGACACAUGCAUUUUUAAUGCACAGUUUUAUUCAUAAAUGGUGAACGAAAAGUAGCAGUAAAGUCAAGGCAGGUGGUAUGAUUAGAGAAGAGUUGAUGGGCAUCAAGAGUAUGUAACCAUUCAAUAUGAAGGAAAUAAAAGGGAGGUGAUACACUGUUCAUGGCUGUUUCCAACAGGGUAAGAUGGGCAAUUCCCAUCCCAUCUCUUUUUGACAAAUCUAAAUGACAAAGACAGAGUUUGCUGGUUUUGCUAUAGGAAGGCAAAUGGCUGAUUUGUAGCACAGGAAUAUUGAUGGUGGGAGCAGGUAAUUUUUAUAUUGGAUAGGGAGAUCAGAGAAAGCAAAAGCAUGCCAGGAAAAUGAAGUCUGUCCUGGGGAAAAUGGGCUGUGCUGGUUAAACCUCAAACUUUUCAGACCCCCUUCUCUCUCACAGGCAGAUAAGGGAAUUAAGAAGAGAAAUGUGUUACUAUUUUUUUGGCUUGUAGUGAAGUACUUAAAACCACAGUAUUUGAAAUUAAUUAGGCGAAAAAAAGGAAAGAGGAAAGGAAAAAACCCACCCAAACACAGAUUCCAUGUGAGGAAUGGUCAUAUUUUUAUAUAAAAUUAAAUGUGGGUUUUGGUCAAUCAAAUGGGGCAAAAAUUCUUUCCUUAAGAACUUGCUGCGGUUGUGCUGGUGAGAAAAUCACAAGCCUGUGACUGUAUCAGUCAUUCCCUGCAGAACCCUACCUUUCAUUCAGUGCUGGGAACAACUCACGAAUGCAGUGCUUUCAACUGGCAUUUGAGGGCAGGGAUGCAGGCUCAGGUCUUCUGUAAGCACUUCAUAAACUGCCAAUAUUUUAAUUUUCAGGACCUGCUUAAAUGUCUAAUGUGUUAUUAACUCCACAGGCUUUGAAUUGUUGCUCCUUUCUUCCUGGAUAAUAAAACAGCAGUUAAUUUUGAUCCUCUGGAAAGGCUGCUAGAUGGUAAUGUGCUUUUCCUUAUUGUAGUUUUAUGUCACACACUCAUCUCGUUUGGAGCUUUUUCCAUCUUGUAAAAAUAAGUGUAUCUGAAUGACUGUAACCUAAUAACAGUAUGCUAGGCUUAUGUGAUAACUUAUCAGUUAUUUUGCAUGCUGUAGUUAAUAGUUAAAUUCCUUUAUUGCUCAGGUAUAAAAUUUUAAUCUGUUUACUGUGUUGUACACAGCAAUGUUCAACUCUUUUGUGUCUUUGUUUAGCCUCUUUGAUUAAAGAGACAAAGAAAAUUUCAAUCCAUGCUUAUUCCAAGCUGCCCUGUUGCUUAUCUAGAAUAAAAAUAAGUGUGAUACUUUCACUUGGAGUCUCUUUCCACAACUACAUUUCAGCUGCCUCAUUUUUUUUCUCUCUAUUUUUCAUUGUUUCUAACUUAAUUGUGUUCUCUCUUACAAAUUAAAACCCAACAAAACUCCGCAAUACUGAAGUGUUAGAAUUGUAAUGAAUGGUAUCAGAUCUUUAUCAAGUGGAGAAAUUCUUGUUAGUAUAUGCAGUAUGCAGCACCAUGCUUUAAAUAUCCAUGAAAUCAUUUGGACUUGGAUUUUCAUGAACAGAGAAGAGAGGUCUAGAAAAUUAAGUAGUGUUUACUUAAGCAGGAGAAGUAUCCAUCAUUCUUAAACAGUUUUAAAAAAAAAUAGAUUAAUUUUCAACCAUGUUGAGAAUAUGAUAUUGUCCACAAGUUAUUUUUGGCUGAGUAUUAAUAAUAUAAAAUAUGUAAGCUCGAA